AUGGAGGCCGACGCGAAGACCCGGGCCGAUGUGGACGGCAUGAUACUCGACUACCUGGUCUGCAUCACCAUUGACGCCCUGCUCUCGCAACCCCGCCGACCGGAGCAGGAUGUGAACUGGCUGGUGGACGCGGUGCGAGCCUUGGAGUCGACCAUCUCGACUCAACCUGACCCAGAUCUGGCCAUUAAAUUACGACUCUUCUCCGUGGCAGACCUGCAUCGUCGCUACAUCGCGGCAGCACAGCGCGGCUCGCACGAAGAAACCCGCCCCUCGCUGGCCCUAAUCGGGACCGAAUUUAUGAAUCUCUGCCUCGCGGCAUCACACAAAGUCUCAGAAUCACGCUGGUUCGAUAUGGGCUCCCGGUUGAUCAGCCAAGCUAAGCUGGACGAAGGUCGCACACCUGCGCUUCUGACUUUCAAGAAUUGGGCCUCUGGGGAGCCCACCAUCGACUCCCAGUGGAAGAGAAAAUACACCAAAUAUGCUGGUACGCGGCUUACUCUCACCGAACUCGAUGGCAUUGUUCUGGAGUUCUUCUCCGAUCUCAUGGCUACCCUGGACGCGCCCAUUCUCCUCCAGCUCGAGCGGGGGAAGCUGGGAAAUCUGAGCCGAGCGGAAACCCAAGAGCUUAAAGCGCGGGUGGGAAUGCGAUAG